UGGAGUGAGAAAAUGAGUUUGGCUAUGAGGCCAUCUCGACAAACUGAUUACAGUCUCUUCCCUUCUGAUUGCCCCAUUGUUAUUGACAAUGGAGCUUUCAACUGUCGCGUUGGAUGGGCCGGAGAGACUGAUCCACGUUUUACUUUCCGUAAUGUGAUCCAAAAGCCUAAACACAAAGCUACUGGAGAAAGUGUGAGUAUCAUUGGCGAUCUUGAUCCUGGGCUGAUGAAGUAUUUUGACUAUACAAGAGCACCACUUCGUUCACCCUUCGAUUCAAAUGUUGUUUACCAGUUUGAAACAAUGGAAUAUAUCCUUGAUUAUGCUUUUGAGAGGAUUGGUGUGGAAGGACCAAAGGUGGAUCAUCCUAUCCUCAUAACGGAGUGUGUCUGCAACCCAGUUCACUCUCGAAGCAAAAUGGCAGAACUUCUUUUUGAAACUUAUGGGAUCCCUUCAGUAGCUUAUGGUGUGGAUGCUGCAUUUAGCUACAAGCACAAUCAGAAACUUGGAAUUUGUGACAAUGACGGUCUAGUUGUGUGUUCAGGAUUCACAACGAGCCAUGUCAUACCUAUUUUACAUGGUGAACCUGUUUUCGAAGCAAGUUGCAGAACCAAUAUUGGUGGAUACCAUGUCACUGACUAUAUGAAACAGCUUCUUUCCCUACAGUACCCUUAUCAUGUGUCCAGCUUUGCAUGGGAAAAAGUUGAACACCUGAAGAUGGAGCACUGCUAUAUUGCUCUGGACUAUGCCUCAGAAUCCCAGUUGUUCCAGAAAGGGGCCAAAGAAACUGACGAGAAAGUCAGAUAUUGGCAGCUUCCUUAUAGACCUCCUCCGGUAGAAGAGGAGCCAUCUGAAGAAGAGCUGGCAAGAAAGGCAGCAAUUAAGGAAAAGCAAGGCCAACGACUACGUGAAAUGGCUGCUGCUAAGAGGUCUUCAAGAAUAACUGAGUUCGAAAAUGAACUGCAAGGACUGGAAUUUCUUCUGCAACAGCUGGAAAAUGUUGAGGACCAUGAGAUCCCAUUUUUCUUGUCAGAAACAGGCUAUGUCUCUAAGCAAGAAAUAGAGUCUGCUGUGGCAAGGGUUACACAAUCUUUAAGAAAAGCCAAGGGUGAGCCGGUUGAAGUUGAGGAGAAAACUGAGUCCCCAUCUAGUGAGAAGUAUCCCCUCAUUAAUAUACCGGACCACAUGUUGACUCCAGAGCAGUUAAAGCAGAAGAAGAGACAGAUAUUCAUCAAGACAACGUCUGAGGGUAAGCUGAGAGCGAAACAGAAAAAGCAGGAGGAAGAAUUGGAAAGAGAAAGGCAGAAUCAACAAGAUGAGGAGAAGCGUUUGGAGAAUCCAGAGCUUUAUCUGGAGCAGCUGAGAGCUAAACAGAGAGAACUUGCUCAGAGAGUGGAGCAGCGGAAGAAGUUGAAGACAAAUGGUACUCGUGGGAACGGAACCCCAGUUUUGUCUGGGAAUGUUGGCAGAGGUGAGAGACUCAAUGCUGCACAAAAGGAAAGGAUGCGCCUUUUAACAACUGCUGCCUUUGAUCGAGGAAAGGGUGAGGACACCUUUGGAAUCAAGGAUGAGGAUUGGCAACUCUACAAAUUGAUGAGCAGGGAUAAUGAUGACAAUGAUGAGGGACCCAAUGAAGAUGAAGCUGAACUGGCUAGGGUCACUGCAAAGCUUCAGGAAAUAGACCCUACCUUUGUAACAUUGGUUGAACCCAGUCCUCCGGCGACUGGAAAUGGAUCAGAAACCCCUCAUUUCCGGCCACUAACAGCUGAAGAUUACCGUAUUACCCUUGGGAUCGAGAGAUUCAGGUGCCCGGAAAUCCUUUUCCAACCCCACAUUGUGGGAAUCGACCAAGCUGGCCUUGAUGAAAUGGUUGGGAUCUCAAUGAGAAGGCUAAAGCCGGAAUUAUUAUCACAUGGAGAAAACCUUUGCAACUCUGUUCUAUUAACUGGAGGGAACUGCCUUUUCCCAGGAAUUAAUGAACGAAUUCUCACUGGAAUUCAGAAAAUCCGGCCAUUUGGUUCGAGCAUUAGAGUUUGUAGGGCAUCUGAUCCUCUUUUGGAUGCUUGGCAUGGGGCCUCGAUGAUUGCUGCUUCGCCUAGUUUUUCAGAGCAGGUGUUUAGUAGGCAGGAUUAUAUGGAGAAGGGCGAGGAGUGGCUACGGAAGUAUCAAAUCAGAUACACAAUAUGAUCUGUGUCUUUUGGGUAACUGAUAUAGUCUUCAUGUAUCUUUACUUUUGUUUUGUUGAUUGAAGUAUUGAGGGAAGUUAUAGGAUCAGUAUGGUUUAUGAGCCAUGGUUUUGUAAAUUGCGGAAUGAGAAUGUUUUGAAAGGGUAAAAUCUGUCAUCUUUUGCUUUCUCUACUGUCUUCUUAUUGAUCUUAGAGAUCUAUUUUUUGGUAGGUGUCACAAAAUAUGACAUUGUAUAUUACAAAUGGUAUGUUUGAUAGGUAUCAUCACCAUCCCUUCUUCCAGUU